AUGCCUCCCCACGAAGGAUUGGUUCACCCCAAAGAAUACGACAUCAAGGACAGCAAUGUAGAGCUGAUUGGAUCUGAUCUUGACCACCGCGUCAAAUACAACUCAGCUGCCUCAGAGCCCGCAUGGAACAAUGGAAAGGUGGGCCAAGAAGCAGGCCUAUUUAUUUGGCGCAUUGAGGACUUCCAAGUAGUUCCCUGGCCCAAAGAAAAAACCGGCGAGUUUUUCGACGGUGACAGCUUCAUUGUCUUGCAUUCAUACAAGCUCGGCGAUGACAACAAGCUAGGCCAUGAUGUCUUUUUCUGGUUAGGAAGCAAGACCACACAGGAUGAAGCUGGCACGGCUGCUUAUAAGACAGUUGAACUGGAUGAAUUCUUACAUGGCGCUGCGACUCAACACCGAGAGAUCCAGCAGCAACCCUCAGAAGAGUUCCUGUCUUUAUUCCGCCAUUAUUCGAUUCGCCAUGGCGGUGUGCGGUCCGGCUUCCACCACGUCGAACCAGAAGAGCCAAAGGAGGUGCUGACCUUACUUCGGAUCUUCAAGUACCCCGGAUCUGCUCGCAUCAGUCCCCUCAUCGUGCAUGAGGUUGAGCCGACUUGGGAAAGCUUGGAUGAGAACGAUGUUUUCGUCCUGGACAAAGGAAACAAGAUUUGGGUCUGGCAGGGCAAGAAAUGUAGCCCGAUGGAAAAGGCCAAGGCUGCUCAGGUUGUCAAUGACCUGACUUUGGCAAAACAUGUCGAUGUCGAAGUACUUUCUCAACUUGAAUCACGAUCCAAGAUUGUUGUGGACUUGCUGGGUGGAAAGGAGGCCGAUCAGUCGUCUUUGCAGGCGCAGCGACCCGGUUACUUCUCCAAGUCAGCACAUGAAGACCAUGGUAGCUCUCGCCCUCGAAAACUCUUCCGACUCAGCGACUCGUCAGGAGAAUUGUCAUUCGACCUUGUUAAAGAUGGAGGCCAUAUUCAACAAUCUGAUUUGGAUGGUAAAGAUGUGUUCAUUUACGAUACAGGAAGCCGACUUUGGGUCUGGCAAGGUGUUGAGGCUAGUGACAGGGAGAAAUCCGUGUGGAUCAAGGUCGCUCAAGCUUAUGUUCGUCAUCUUCAAGACAACCAAGGGUUUUCUGACGCCUUCCUCACACCUAUCUCCAAGGUUGUGCAGGGACAUGAAAGCCCAGCUUUUAUGAAGGCAAUUGCAGUCUAA